AUGGGAUUCCUCCCAGGGCGAUUCGCGGGAGAGUUUCGAGAGAAUGCCAUGCUGGAGCAUCUUCUCCUUCACUACUAUUGUCUCCGGAUUUGCCCCAACCAUGCGAUGCGAGCGCUCCAUUUCAUCCCCGAGAAGAGCACUGUGUCAUGGAACGCUGUGAUAAAUGGCAACUCACAAGUCGGCCAGCAACACACUGCCCAAGCUUUGUUCGAUCACUCCUGCGAUAGAAACGAUCUGACGUGGACUUUUUUGAUAGCUGGACAUGCCCAGAAUGGGCAUAUGGAGCAGGCAGUAGUGAUAAAUCUCUGCUCGUGGAAUGCUAUUGUACAAGCUUAUGCCUUAAGUGGGCUUUUUGAGACAGCGAACCUUCUCUUUGAAAGAAUGCUGGGAAGAAGUGCCGUGGCUUACACCGACCUGUUACUAAGUUGUUGCACGAAUGGAAAGCUCAUCGAAUUGAAGCAGUUGUUUGAUGAGAUGCCUCAUUCGAAGUGCAUGCUCAUGGCCUACGCUCAGGACAAGGCCAAACAAACCUUCAACAAGGCAGCCCAGCAUGACGUGGUUACCAUGGUCCUAACUUUCUCUUACCACGGCAUCUCCGGUGAUCUUGGGACAGACGCAGUCGGACUGGGCGGCCCUCACGAACUUACAGCACUUGGAAGACGGUUUAGGCUAGACGAGGCAACCAAUCUCUUCAAGAACUUGGUCGACCAUGCGUUAUUAGAGGAUGAGAGGAUUCUCCAGAACCUGGCGGCUGGCAGCUGGGUUCUCCAGAACCUGGUAGCUGUCAGCCACGUUCUCCAGAAUGUGGUUAACAACAGUAAAAUUCUCACAGAGAACCUGACUCAAUCCGACGGCUACCAACAGCUGGAUCAAGUUAACGGGCGAGCCACAGCCCGUUAA